GAUAGUAUUUGGUGGGUGAAAAUCAGAAAAAAUGGCGGCGAAACAGAAAAGAAAGCAGAAGGAGAAAAUACAGUAACGAAAUGGGAGACGCAGAGCGGGAAGGAGGAGAGAAGAAGAAGAGCUUCGUGAUACAGAUUCCUUCCUAUGAAGAAGUUAUGGAGAGUUCUUCUCAGUCCAAAACGACGUCGUCGUCAUCUUCUCUCUUCAACCCUACCCCUUCUUUCUCUCAAGCAUUCAAAUUCGUCAAGAACUCCGAAUUCUACUCCCCUCCCCCACCUCCUAAUACUCAGCCUUCUUCCUCAUCUCAAUCCGCCACUCCCAGACCGGUUAAUAGUUCAGAUGUUAAUACUUCAUCAUCGUCUACGCCCUCAUCUUCAGCUAAUCGAAAUGCUAUACUUGUUAGCAAUAGACAGAAGGGAAAUCCGUUGCUAAAACAUAUCAGGAAUGUGAGGUGGACUUUUGCAGAUAUUGUUUGUGACUACUUAUUGGGCCCAAACACUUGUGCUCUUUAUUUGAGGUUUGAAGGGUUCCAAUUUCUGUUCAUCUUGCACACAAUCUAUUGGAAGAAUCAUAUAGUUUCUGACAAUAGCCUCCGGUAUCAUCUGCUUCAUCCAGACUACUUGUAUUUUCGGAUAAGGGAGUUGCAGAAGAACUUUAGACUCCGCAUAAUUUUGUGCCAUGUUGAUGUUGAAGAUGUUAUCAAGCCUUUACUUGAAGUUACCAGAACUUCUCUCCUUCAUGAUUGCACUCUGUUGUGUGGAUGGAGUUUGGAAGAAUGCGGACGGUACUUGGAGACGGUAAAGGUUUAUGAAAAUAAGCCCGCCGACCUCAUUCAGGGCCAAAUGGAUGGAGACUACCUAUCACGGCUGAAUCAUGCUCUGACGUCAAUACGACAUGUUAACAAAACAGAUGUUGUGACUCUUGGGUCAACAUUUGGGUCUCUUUCUCAUGUGAUGGAUGCAUCUAUGGAAGACCUUGCUCGUUGCCCUGGCAUAGGAGAGCGCAAGGUAAAACGCUUGUAUGAUGCUUUUCAUGAACCUUUCAAGCGAGAAGUGCCAAAACGCCAAUGCAUUCCAGAAACUUCAGUCGCUAAUGAAUCUCAUCCUGGCUCCAGCAACACAAAGGAAGAUGAGAAGGAAAUUGUGGAUACAAGCAACAGUGAGAAGAAAGAACCCGAAGUGACUGUCAAGUCAGCACUUUCGGCUGCUUUUGCUAAGUACUCGCACAAAAUUACAAGAAAGAAGAAUAAAUCACAAGAAGAGGAAGAAGGGAAGUGCAGUACUAACGAAGAAGCUAAAACAGGAGACACGAACGGCAGCAACAACUGCUGAAUCUUGGUCUCUUCCUUUCAUGCUAAUGUUCCUAAUUUUAAAUUUUCCCCAUUUGCUUGAUCUCUCUUAGUUAAAUUCGUUAUAAAUUAACGGGAAAACUCAUAGAAGAUAAGUAGUGAACAAAUAUUCAGAAGAUGUUUGGGCAUGAUUUAGUUGAGGUUUUUUUAAAAAAGUAGUGUUUGAAAGUUGAAAUUGUGUUUGAAUAUGAAAAUAUAAUUGGAGCAGUGAAAAUUU